AUGGACAACGGGGGUAGUAUAACCAGUUGGUGGAUCGCGAAAAAUGGGCGGGUCAAGUGUGGCGAGGGGGCGGGGCGAUGCUGGCGGCGCAGGUUACGCGUCUACUACGACGACGACGACGUCGACGCAUCGCAGGCCCCCUGCCCUUCUUCUUCUUCAACCGUUUCUGGACACGAGUUUCCCAUAAAACAUUGGGGAAAAUUCCACUUUCUUGCUUUUCCUUGA